AUUUAGGAAAAAAAAGGCAUUUAGACCCACACUGUUGGGCGCCAAAAAUGUUGUUUUUUUUAACCUAAAUUGAUUGUUUUCUGUGAUUGUUUUGAGACCCUUUUUUGCCACCAUAUAACACAUUUUUUUCUUAAAAAGCCACAUAAUUUUUUUUUGCUAAUAACUCGUUUGAUAAUCACAUAAAAACCAUCAAGGCCGAACCACAUAAUAUGACACAACCAACCUUCAAAGAAAGUUCUACUCCUUUCAGAACCACCUCUUUUGGCUCAAUUUACAUCAGGUAAACAAUAAAUUUUUACCGAUUCUUAAGGACCUUUCUAUGAACGUAAAAAAUGAAGUGUACGUAUAUCGCUAUAAAUUAUAUGGGGAUUUCCUGCUCGGCUGCACUCCGUUCUUUGCGGUGAUAGUGUCCGGUUUUAUCUUAACUUUCUUCAGGUUUCUUUGCUGCUGAACAAUGAAAGGGAUCGUGGUGCUGAUCAUAACGUUAUCCAUGCUCAUUGGAUUGGCAAACACCGAAGCGGGUUCUAAAGACGAACAUCCGAAACCGACAUACAACAUGGCAAACUCCAUAGGAUCAACUCCCAAACCGGAUUUAUUGAGUUACCAACAAAUCACUCAACAGUUCGGCAACAAGUAUCAACCUCAACAAUUAUUGUUUCAACAAUACCAAAAUGAUCCUAGGACGCAACAGCUCCAACAGUCUUUGCCCUACAAUCAUCAUCAACAUCAGGAGCCAAUGAAAAAGCCGUUUCAUCAACAGCCAACCCCCGUAGCAAUGGUUAUCAUCGCCCAACCAGCCUACAUCCCGGCAAGCGUGCUUCAAAAUGGCAACGUUGCUCAGCAGCUGAUUCAGUACUUUCAAGGAGGAAACACUCAAGCAAGAUACCAGUACAUCCCGGUGAACCACCAACCCUACUACAACCAACCACAGGCCCCAGUACCAACCCAACAGUUUCCCCACUACUCACCCUAUCAACCACCAGCGGAAUUCACCAAAUACCAACCUCCAACCGCCUCAGCUCAACCCGAACUACCACCCCAAGCGAAAUUCCAGCUACACGAAGCCCUUCCCUCCCCCCAAGCGUUGAUAUCCCAACAGCACCACAUCGUGCCCCACCAUUUACCUCAGCAACAGGAAAGUAGAGCCUUGAACUACCAAAGUACUCAGCAAGAAGUCGAGGUGCAGCCUCAGCAACUGCAAGAAAUCGAUCGGGAACAACCCCACACCCCCGAGAUCACGAGGUUAGCUCAGGAGGCUGCUCAGCACUUUAUAUCGACGGGGGGGUUGAGUAGUGGAUCCAGAACUGCUCCCGCGAUUAUUACUGGGUUGGAGCUGUUUUCUCCGGAGCAACAAGAGAAAAUUAAGGCGCAGCUUAGUGAGCACUUUGGAUCGCCGUUGAAGCCUUUGAAUUUACAAGGGAAGAAGGUGCAAGAGAAACCUGUGGCUGGAAGGAAUAAUUUUUAUCAAGAGUUUAAGCAGAGGAUAAAGAAGGAGAGGUUCGUGCCCAGUAUUGAGGUGAAAGAUGGGGAGAUUAAGCAGACUGGUUCUGGUGCUGGGGAGAAGAUGUAGAGGAUUAGUUAGGAUUAGCAAAAUGGAGUGAUUUCUUUGAUGAAGUCCUCUUGGAUUUAGUUAAGUUGUUGUAUAAAUUACUACUGACUUGGAAUGAUUCUAUUUUAGUCAAUUAAAUCUUUAGUGAUGACUAUUAAAUAGAUCGAAAACAACUUUUUGGUGGAAACUCUGAUUCACUUUAAGGAACAAUCAUCUGAAUGGUCUACUCCUCUUUAAUCAAAGAAUAGAUCAGCUGUUUCUUUACAUUUGAAUAUCAGUAAUGAACCGAGGCUUGAUUAUGUCGAUGUGGAAUAUCUAAGAGAGUAGAUCCUGAAUACUUUGAAGGUUAAGUGACCAUUUAAAUUUGUCUUCACGUCUCAGAGUUUCUGGUUGAUAAUUUUUGAUCUACGUAAGUUAGAAUUAUUAUUCAGUACACUUCACUUGAUUUACAUCAGUAAUAUCUAAUAUAGAUUUUUUGGAAUAACUGUACUAUAAAAAGGCCUUUAAUGAACUUAUUAACGUACUGAUUCUUAUUUAACUGCCCAUACUGUGAUCUAUUGUAAAUAGUUUUUCUUGUAUUUUAAUUUAUAUUGUUUUUCUGUUUGUUAAAUAAAAAAUGUGUUUUUUUAA